AAUAAACACGUCUAGUGUGCGCAUGCAGGCUGUUUCUCUUCGCUCGGAGCAUCAGCGGUUCGAAAACAGAUCGAUCAAUUCCGUUCUUGACACAGUGCGUACACUGUGUGGUUCUCGAGAACAUCGAACAUUUCGAUGAAUUCGUAUCGUUCAACAGAAAAGGUGUAAAAAUUGCUAUUUUAUUCGUUGUAUAAAGUAUCAUUAAAAAAUUUGCAUGGUUGGCACCGUAAAUGCACAAUAUCAAUCAGUGUGGCACAUCAAUAUUGUAUUCAUAUUUCGAAUUCAAUGUAUGGGCAGUACGUGCAUCAUUUGUAAUUUCUUCGGAAAUACGUGUAUGGGAUUCUAGACCUUUUUGAAAGAGUUCGCGCGUUUGUUCUUUGAUCAAUUACCGAUAACCGCGAAAAAUUUACCAUUGAAUGAUUUAAACAACCGACUAUUGCAGUGGUGAUUCCAAUAUUUUACAAUGAAAAUGCAAAUCGUGAACGAGAAAUAAAAAAAAAACAGUAUACCGAUGUGAGCUAGAGAUACUGGGCGAGAAAAUAAAAACGUUAAGUGAAUAAAACUGAUGAUAAUAAAUAAUAACCGCCCGCUAACCAAUUUUCAAACCAACAUGGAAAACGACGUUUGAUUGCAAAUGAACGUAUGAGUGAACGAGCGUACAAAAUAAAACGCAACACCAUGAUUGAUUCUCAUUAAACGUAAAACCGAAUUGAAUGAAAAAUUGAAUUGCAAUCGAGAUACGUUGAGACCUUUUUCGUGAACUAAAAGUGUAAAGUUGAUGAAUUACACACGCAGAAAGUGAGAAAGAGAGAGAGAAAGAGAGAGAAAUUGAAACAAAAGAAGAAAGAAGCGAAAGAAGAAAAUGAAAAUAGUGAAAUAAAUUGAAACAAAAAAUUGAUUCGUGAUAUCAUUGAGAAUAGAACUACUACAAUUUGAUCGAGAGAGAGAGAGAAAAGGAAAAAAAGAGUGACGACAUUAUAGCCCCCAAUUCAAAAUCAUUUUAUUUCUUCAUUUUAUUGUGAAAUUAUCCGUUUCAUCCGUAAUCUUCAUUGAGUGAAAUUUCAUAUUGUUUUGGAUUCGAAAUGGCACCGAGUACGGGAAAAUCACCGAUGGGCACCCAAACCAGUUCUGGUUCGUCGCAGAAAAUCUCAACCGAAAUCUUAGUCGGUUGGCCUCCACAAAAUGCACCACCAAAGGAAAAUCAACGUCCACCCGUUUACAAUGCUGAAGAUUAUAUUGUUUCGUUGAAGAAAUUCGGACGACGCACUAGCGGAACAACAAAUGGCGAAUCAAAAUCUAUUUAUGAUACAUCGGAAGAAAAACCAAACUCAAGAGCCGCCACAUUACCGGCCAAACAUUCAGCAUUCAAGAAUCCAAUUCUGCCACUUCCCGAUGAAGAAUGUGAAAUGUCUUUGAAGCAAUUCGGCUCAAUCACAGAUUUAUUGACAAAAUUACGUGCUGAUCUGCGUGCAUCAUUUCCAAGUUUUGUACAGGAAUUCGUAGCGGCUCCACUGGAUGGUGUUUCGUUACUGCUUGAGGUGCUGCGAUCGAUUCAACUAAGCCAACAGAAUGGCAUCGGCCAAACGAAUACAACGGGCAAAAUGAAUGCACAAACAUAUCAACGUCGGGCCCUUCUCGAUGAAUUGGCUUGCUUACAAUGCUUGAAUUUAUGCUGUAUGCGAAGUCCAGAAGCGCGCAUUCGAAUCGGCACAUCACCAGUUGGUUUAAUGCCAUUGGCUUCAUCGGCAACGGGUCAAGGCAUUCGAUCGCGAAUACUUGCAUUGCAACUACUUACAACGGCCUGUGAUAAACAUGCAGCCGGAGUUCAUAGCUCACAAAAGGGUGUUUACAAUGGCCAUACAUCAGUGUCCGAAGCAUUAUCAACGUUACGUUUACGAUGUGGUGAACCGGUUCGAUUUCGUUUGUUAGCUGGCAUGCUAAACAGUGGCGGUGGCACAGGUGAACUCCAAUAUCAUGGAUUGAAAUUUAUCAAUACGUUUUUGGAAAGUGCAGAAAGCGUACAAAGCCGAUUAUACUUACAAGCCGAACUACAACAAGCCGGUUUUGAUCCACAGAAUAUGUCAAAGUUAAUAUCAACGAGCUCCCAGUGGUUCGAUAAAUUGCGUGCAGAGAUAAAAUAUUUCGAAGACAUCAACAUUGACAUAGAUAAAUUGAUGGUUCAAAAUCGAGAGAGCGAUAAGAUACGCGGUCAAAUGGCAGUGCUCGAGCGACGAGUUCAAAUAUUACAAGAUGAAAAAUCGGUUUUAACAACGAUGGAACGUCGUCUGCAAGAACGAUGCGCCGAACUGCAACGCGAAGUAUUUCGAUUGCAGGGUGCCCAGCACAAUGACGGUUAUAAAAGUCUUGAAAAGCAUCCAGUUGCAUUGCCACGUCAAGUAUUGCCACGUUCAAAUAAAAAUGGUUCAUCAGAGCACGAGGAUGAAGGUAUAAGUAGUUCCGAAACGGGACAAUCACUGAGUCCAGAGCCAAUAUUGAUUUUACCACAAAAUACAACGAAAAAAUAUGCGCAUGAAUACAUUAACAAUAAUAAUCAUAAUAAUGGUGGUGGUGGCGGUAAUGCCAAUGCGAAAGAUGUGGAUGACGUGAAUGCCACAAUCGAAGAGGUGAUUGAAGAAUUGGAGAAUAUUGUGCACAAUGCCGAACAAGAAAUAGCCGAUUCAAAGAGUGAUCGAUGUAAAAUAUCGGAUGCAUUGUGUCCACCGCCACCGUAUCAUGCAAAAUCGCCACAUUUUCACAAUAGCAACAAUAAGAGUGUCACCGACUAUAACAAAGAAAAAGAGAUAGUGCCGGUGAAUUUGCUACCUCAACCGCCGAAGAAGUCACGUUCUUUAUCGCAUCUAUUGUCCGGUGGUGGUUCGGAUUUCGAUGAUUCCGAUUAUGGUGUAAUGAUGGCAAACAAUGAAACAAGAAUCUCAUACUAUGAUGAUAUUGAUAUGGAAAUUGAGCAUAGUCGACAGGGAUAUCGAAAUGAGCCAGACGGUGAACCAAAUCCCGAUUUAAUCAAUCAAACGAGCACCAAUCGGGAAUUGCUCAAUGUUAUCAUGGAUGCACGUGAAAAAGAUAAUAUAUUUAUGACAACACCCGGCCAUUACACCAAAUUAAAAAUAUCGGAACAAAGUUUGAUACCGAAAUCGGCACAAACACCACAAAAAUUCAAUGGCGUUUUCUUUAUGACGGAAAUGAGUACGCCGGCAAAAUAUCCAAAGCCGGACAUAACGGCCGCAUUGGAAGCGCGACGUGUUAGCAAAAGCAUUGAACGUCUUGAAUCGUAUGGUAGCAGCGGUUUAGAUUCAAUGAUUGACAUAAAAUACACCGACAUAAUUAUGACAUCGGAACGAAAACAGGAAAUGCAAAAUGCCAUUUCAAAGGCGCCAAAUAAUUUUGCCGCACUACGUGAUAUGGCAAUUAAUCAAACAUUUUCGAUGCGAACUAAAUCACCAACACCACCUGACGGUGCGAUCAUUUAUUCCGGCGGCAUAAAAACAAAUCGAUUGGCAUUCGGUAUGAGUGGAAGUAAAUUAAGUGAUCUACCAUCUGGACUUUACUGACAUCGAAUGGGAAGAGAAAGAAAAUGAAAACAAAAGCAAAUCAAAACUCGUUAUCUAAUAUCUAUCUCUAUAUAUUCUUGAAAGUUUUGCGUAUCACUUAUAAACAUCAAUUUACACAACUAUUGUUCAAAUGAAUGAUUGUACAAAAUCUCAUUUAACUUCACUUCAACGAUCAUUUCUUUAAUUCUUUUUUUUUUUUUGUUAUAGCACAUAUGUUUGUUUUAAAAGUUGAUGCGUACGCCUCUUUUUAUGAUUAAAUGUCGAUUUGAAUCUCGUUCAGAAAUCUAUAUAAAACAUUAUGUGUGUACAAACAAAUGUCAAAUAUAAAAUCUACGCAAAAUGAAUGAAAGCUAAAACGCUUUUGCAUUUGAAUGAAUAUGCACUGAACGCGACACGCACAUACACAUACAUCGCGUCAUUUACGCUCGUGAUGGAAUGAACAAUAUACUGUAAAUUUAAAUGAUUAUUAUUUAUAACGCAAUUAUAAUAUUAGCUGAAACGCCAUGCUCGUUUUUUAACAAAAAUAAGGUAAUAAAUCACUGAAAAAAAACAAUCAAUAUUUUUAGCUUUUAAAUGUGUUAGGAAUUCGUGCAAUAACUACAUUGUCCAUGAUAAACUUUAUUAUUCCAGUUUAGGUUAGAUUUUUAUAUGAUUUAAAAUGAAAAAAAAAACAAACGUUGAACUAACAGUUGCAAAGCAAACAGUUCAAUUUUGCAAAAAUUAUUUUUGCCGUUUAAAAUCCCGUUAACAUGUAGAAUGAGUUCCCCAUAUCUCUUUUUUUAGAAAAAAAGGUGUCGGUUUUCAUAGUUAACAGAUUGCUAUACAUAUCAAAUAUAAAAAAAGACACAUUGUGCAUUUUUCCGCAUGUUCCGAGUGCUUCUCGAUGCUCUGCGCUAAUUGCAGAGCAUCGUCAAGCAAUUCAUCAAAAGGUAAAUUGAUAAUCUAUACACCCAUUUACUAAAUUUUUUCAUUUCAUUUUUUUUCGUCAUUCAUCAUUAAUAUACGUUUGUUGAAGAUUUUUUGCGAUAGGAAAAAACCGUUCAAUGAUGUACUCAAAUUUG